UCAGUCCAGUCAUCAGAAGAGAGUUGUCGCUGACGUUGUGAGGUUGUGCUUCUCUUUAGAAGAUCGCACAACCAUUCACAUUUUUGUGCAAAAAAAAUAAUUAGAAAAAUCACAAAAAAAAAUUAAAAAACAAGAAAACCCCAAAAAAAUCGAAAAAAGUGAAAAAGCUAAGCAAAUUGCAAGAAAAACUAGCUACGUGUGCGAAGGACUGGAAAUAUUUUAAUUUUCAAUCGGUGAAGUGGCAAGGCGAGAAGUGAAAGUGUGUUGGAUCAAAAGCGUAUAAACCCAGGUGGUCCCAACUAUCAAAUGGCGUCAUUAUAUGUAGGUGAUCUCCACGCAGACAUCACAGAGGCAAUUCUGUUCGAGAAAUUCUCAUCGGCUGGCCCGGUUCUUUCCAUCCGUGUCUGUCGUGACGUGGUCACUCGUCGUUCCCUCGGAUAUGCGUACGUUAACUUCCAGCAGCCAGCGGACGCUGAGCGUGCGUUGGAUACCAUGAAUUUCGAUUUGAUCAAAGGACGCCCAAUUCGCAUCAUGUGGUCGCAGCGUGAUCCUUCCCUUCGUAAAUCCGGUGUUGGCAACGUGUUCAUCAAAAACCUGGAUAAGAACAUCGAUAACAAGGCAAUGUACGACACGUUCUCCGCGUUUGGCAACAUUCUCAGCUGUAAGGUCGCUCAGGACGAGAAAGGUAAUUCAAAGGGAUACGGAUUUGUUCAUUUUGAAACCGAAGAAUCAGCUAACACUUCGAUCGAAAAAGUCAACGGUAUGUUGCUCAACGGCAAAAAGGUUUACGUUGGCCGCUUCAUCCCACGCAAGGAGCGUGAGAAGGAGUUGGGAGAGAAGGCUAAGCUUUUCACUAACGUGUAUGUCAAGAACUUUGGGGAUGAGUUGAAUGAUGAAACCCUGAAAGAGAUGUUUGAAAAAUACGGAACGAUCACCAGCCAUCGGGUUAUGAUUAAGGAUGGUAAGAGUCGUGGUUUCGGUUUCGUCGCUUUCGAAAAUCCUGAAUCGGCAGAACAUGCUGUCCAAGAAUUGAACGGAAAGGAACUCGGAGAGGGUAAAAUUUUGUAUGUUGGACGCGCUCAGAAGAAGAAUGAACGUCAAAUGGAACUGAAGCGUCGUUUUGAACAACUGAAGAUGGAACGUCUAACUCGUUACCAAGGAGUCAAUCUGUAUGUCAAAAACUUGGAUGAUUCUAUUGACGAUGAGCGUCUACGUAAGGAGUUCUCUCCUUUCGGUACUAUAACAUCUGCCAAAGUGAUGUUAGAAGAAGGGCGUUCAAAGGGCUUCGGUUUCGUUUGUUUCUCAGCAGCAGAGGAAGCUACAAAAGCUGUUACUGAGAUGAAUGGACGAAUCGUUGGAAGCAAACCGCUAUAUGUUGCCCUUGCACAGCGCAAGGAAGAUCGCAAAGCACAUUUAGCUUCGCAGUACAUGCAACGUAUGGCCAAUAUGCGUAUGCAACAUAUGGGACAAAUCUUCCAACCGGGUGGUAAUGGUGGAUAUUAUGUACCAACACUUCCACAGCCACAAAGAUUCUUUUCGAAGCAGGUCAGCCAAAUCCGUACUACUCCAGGAUGGUUCCGCGCCAAUACGAAUCAAAAUGCAGUUGCAGCAAAUGCAGCGGGAGGUGCUUAUCCAGCUAUGGCUGCUGCCACUGCUGGUAAUCAAUACCGCCAAGCAGCAAACGUCCGUGCAAAUCAACCAGCUCCGAAUGCUCAAGCAGCUCAAGCUGCUAAUGCUGCAGCUAUGCGUAACUCUGCUCGUCCAAUCACUGGUCAGCAGGCUGGCGGCAAUAUGCAAGCGCGUCCUGUUGCUCCUCAGAUGGCUGCAAAUCAAGCUCGAGCUGCAAACUACAAGUACACACAGAACAUGCGCAAUCCGCCUGCCCAAGCUGUUCCUAUGGCAGCUCAACCUGUUGCCCAACAAGCUGUCCACGUAAAAGGACAAGAACCACUCACGGCCUCUAUGCUGGCAGCUGCACAACCCGCUGAACAAAAGCAGAUGUUGGGAGAACGUCUGUUCCCGUUAAUCGAGCCAUUGUAUCCAACGAUUGCUGGUAAAAUUACCGGCAUGUUGUUGGAGAUCGACAACUCGGAGUUGGUCCAUAUGUUGGAGCAUAGCGAAUCGCUGAAGGCUAAGGUCGAUGAAGCCGUUGCCGUACUGCACGCUCAUCAGCAGAAAACUCAACAGCAGUAAGUGCAUUAGAUCCUGCUAGGUGCACAAUUACUGAACCUAAUAAGAGCAAGCACGUCAAAUAUUACUUUGAAUAUUCUCUCGUAUAGAACUUUCCGGAAAAAAUCAAUUUUACUCUUCGACAAUGAAACUUAGAAAAUGAAAAAUGGUCAACUUGAAAUAGAGGCGAUGGCCUGUUAAUUGUUUACAAACAGAUUGACAUUGAAAAUGUAUUUCGGUGAAAUGAUACUUCCUAUUCAAUUCAAUAUAUUAAAUUUCGCCUUUUGAGCCAAUUUUGUAUCUGCGUUCCUACAGUUGGCCAUCUGCCUGAACCGUAAUUGAAUCAUUUCAAUGGAUAAUAAAAUAAACAUUCGUUUUUUUCGCACUGAGAACAAUUUUGCCUUCAAUUAACAACAGUAGCUUGUAUGCUUAAGCAUACUAAUUGAGCUUUCCAGCUUAGUUAUAAUGUCUUCUGAAUCAUAUUUUUUUCGGUUUUGGUAACAAAAUAAUCAAGUGAACUAUAUAAUAAAAAUAAUAAUUAAAAAAAAACAAAAAAAUAGAAAAUAUUCAUAAAAUAAUAAAAAGAAACAUAAUUAUAAAAAUACAUGUAUGCAGAAAAUAUACAAAAAAACAGUAAAAUUUUUGUUAGCUUUUGGUAGUACAUUGCGAUGCAUAUGUUUUCGCGUGUACUUCUUGCGAUAAAUAGAUGUGCAUUCGUACUACUGAAGCAAUACUUACAUGAAACAAAAAAUUAGAAAUACAAUUAUGUUUGAAUAUAAAAAAUGAAAAAAAAAAAUCAAUAGAGAGGGCUGCAGACACAAACAAAAAAGAAACAUACGACACACAUUUUAUGAUCACAACAGAUGCGACAGUCUUCAGAAAAAAUAACAGUGAACAAGAAAAAAAAACAUCUGAAAAUCACAAAAAAACUGCAAAAAUACAAAAGAAAAAAAUGAAAAAUGUACGAUCAAUAAAUAAACUUAGAUCGGAGUUAAAAACAAUUAGAUACUGUCAUAAUUCAAUACGCAUUUCGUUAAUGUGCUAAUCACGAUCUUAAAAAAUGCGGUGAAUACGUUAAUUUUUUUCUUUCAGAUGGCUGUUCAGCUAGCCUAAUCAAACAUGGAUGAUUAAAUACUAACAUAUUUCAUGUAAUGCCGUGUGAGUCAAUAUCUUUCGAUCACGACGUAUCUUUGUUUUCACUAAGAUUCUGAAUAGAUACAUAAAUAGCGAAUGAAACACAAUAUAUGGCAUGUAACUCAACAUCUGUCUUCGCUAUAUGUGUAAUGUAAAAUUAUUUACAUUUAAAACGUGGAUUACAAUCGGGAACAUUUGGCUAAAGCGACAAGUCAUCAUCUAAAUAUUUAAACUUAGCUCAAUGGUUUGAAAGUAAUAUGCAGUUUAAUAUUUUUUUUAUUGUUGGUCAUUUGACUAUGCACCACAAAACAACACUAUCAAAAACUGAAUGCCGCACCUAAUCAGACAGUCGUUUAUUUUUUCCCUCUCUUUGAAAAUUGUGUGCAUGUCAACGUUGAAUAGUUAUGUCUACUUAGUAUACAAUUAAAACCGUUCUUUCUUAUGACAAUGCCUGUUUGAGCAACACGUUGAAUAAAAGUUUCAAAACACUGACAUGGAAAUGGAAACAAAACACAAGGCAUACAAUUAACUAUCGAUUAAUGCGGUGCAGAAUCCUAUAUAACAUCUUUGAUUCCCAUCUUGAUAGUUUUGCGCUAUUUGACACGUUGAAGAAUAUCUACAUAUAAUAUUGGAAGAAAAUAUUGUAGCAUAUGCGUAUAAAUAGUAUAAAUUAUAAUACAAGCAUUCUUAAUUUUCAGUUUUACGUUUGGCAAAAUUCAAUAAACUUCACUUUCGUAA